CAAUUGCUAUAAAUUAUAGGUUAUGUUUUUUGUAUUUUGUUGUGAUCGUGUUAAUUCUCACUGAAAACGUGAUUAUGUUAAAUUAUAUAAUUUAACACCAUAGGAUUGCUGACUUAAAACCUUAAUGGAUCCGACAGAUACGAGACCGCAGUUUGGAAAUAGAUUUCUAGAAAAUGUGGACGAGGUCUUCAAGCAUAAUGCUUGGGACAACGUACAAUGGGACGAAGAACAAGAAAAGGCUGCUCAAGAAAAGGUUGAAAAAAACUCUAUAGUCACAUUUACUGAGGACAGGUUAAGAGAUUUAGAAGAAAAUGCAGACAAACAUUGGGACGCAUUUUAUGAUAUACAUCAAAAUAGAUUUUUUAAAGAUAGACAUUGGCUAUUCACUGAAUUCCCGGAACUAGCACCUGACAAUCAAUCAGCCCCUGAAAGAGUAUACCCAGAUAACAACAUGAGUAUUGUAAAAUCAGACAUGUCCAAUGAAAGCAAGCGUUAUAUUUUUGAAAUUGGAUGUGGCGUUGGUAAUACGAUCUUUCCUAUCCUACAAUACAGCCAAGACCCUAAUUUAUUUGUUUACGGAUGUGAUUUCUCAUCAAAAGCAAUUGAAAUUAUGCAACAAAAUGAACUUUACGAUACAAAAAGAUGCAAAGUGUUUGUAUUGGAUGCAACUAUUGUGGACUGGGAGGUGCCAUUUGAGGAAAAUUCUAUAGAUAUAAUAGUCUUAAUAUUUGUAUUAUCUGCAAUUGAUCCUGCAAAAAUGCCGGGACUGAUUACAAAUAUAUACAAAUAUUUAAAACCUGGUGGUUUAGUUGUGUUCCGGGACUAUGGAAAAUAUGACUUAGCACAACUUAGAUUUAAAAAGGGACGUUGUAUAUCUGAUAAUUUCUAUGCUCGAGGAGAUAAUACGAAAGUUUACUUUUUUACUCAAGAAGAAAUAAGAAAGUUAUUCACAUCUGUCAGUUUUAUAGAAGAGCAAAAUUUAAUUGAUAGAAGACUACAAGUUAACAGAGGUAAAAUGCUUACGAUGUAUAGGGUUUGGAUACAAGGAAAAUACAGGAAACCCUUGUAAAGAAUUUUAUAUAAAAAAAUGUACAUUUAAUAUGAAUAACAUAGUUUA